UCGUGUAAAAAUAGCUGGAGCAACUCGAAUGACUUGAUACUAACGCGCUAUUAUCGUCAUUAAAAUGUAGGGAAAUUAUACAUACUAAAGAAUUGUCAUGAGCAACAGGCAGUAUAGACGUGACGAACAGGGCAUGUGUAAGACAAAUAACACCGCACGGUGGCAGUGAUGCAACAUCUUAACAGAAGAAGAGGAUGAGGAAGAAGAAGAAAAAGAAGGAACAUUUGACAAGACAAAAGAGCUUUAGAGAGUGUCUGUUCUUUUGUCUUGUUCGUCAUUUUUAAACCUUUAGUGUAGAUUUCAAAUUCUUUAAGGAACGUGUUUAAUUUGAUGUUCAAAACACAUUUCGUCGCUACUUGGUCGAAUCACAUUCGAGGUGAGACGCUCCGCAUCGUAGUGUUACCACUCUAUUUCUAGGCAGGGCACGCCCUUCAAUAAUACUGGCUCUGGGCACGCUUCACCGGACCAUGAUUGGCUGCUGAACAAACUCAUCAGGACGUGAUGUAACUCAGGAGCCAAUCAUGUUGCAUUAGGGCGCGUCCUGUCUGGAAACUGAGUGGGAAUAUUAAUAAAGCAGAGGAUAUCGGUGAGCUACACUAAUGGUCAACCCAAAGCGGCUGGUGGUUUGUGACAUAUAAACACUGGAUUUUAUCACUAAAAUAAUGGAUGGGACGAAAGAGAAUCCACAGUUUAAAUGUCUGCCUGAAAGACUGACACUCGGCGUCACUCGAAUCCUUGAAAAUAUGCCUGGUGUUGUCGAUGUGCGGCUCGCAGAGAGGGAGCCCGCCGAGAAAAGGAGUCUGCUGUCCUGGGAACAGAAAAAUAAUUGUAUUUUACCAGAGGACCUUCGAGAUUUUUAUCUGACAACAGAUGGCUUUACACUGACCUGGAACGUCAAACUAGACAAUGAAUGUGUUCCGUUAGGAUGCAUGACAAUUAACAGCGUGGGCAGGUUGCAGCCUCUUCUCCAGCCAACACAAGUUUUCUCUCUGCCAAAUGCACCGUCUUUGGCUGACCUCGACUGGGAAGAGAGCAGCGCGGAAUGUGGGUCAAAUGUAUCCACACUUCCUCCACAUUUUGAUUUUCGGAGUCGCAUCUUUGAAUUGGAUUCAUGUGCUGGGAAUGGCAAGGUGUGCUUGGCAUACAAAAACACCACCCCAGGUUCUGUAGCCCAGAAAAGUGAAAUUUGGUUUCUAGACCGCUCACUUUGCUGGCAUUUCUUAAGCCCAACCUUCUCCUCCUACUACCGCCUCAUGAUCACUCACCUGGGCCUGCCUGAGUGGCAGUAUUCCUUCACACCUUAUGGGCCCAGUCCGCUAGCCAAGCAGUGGGCAUCGCUAUACCAACCGCUGACCUCCAGAAGUGAAUUCAGCCUGACUCAUUCUGCUGGCAACUCCCACAUUAACAAGUUAGAUCCCACAAAGGCCUUUAAAGCUAAAGCCAAGGUGCCCACCCCUAAAAAGAAGCCAUCCACGCCAUGCAGCCUCGCAAGCAAUCCCAAAAGCCAAGGCAGCAGUGGAAGACCUGGUGUAGUGAAACGAUAGCUCUUCUUGAGGAUAACAUUUAAAAUAUUUAAAAACUAAAUGUGAAAAUUGAGACUGUGUCGACAAGAGUCCGUGGUCACAGCUUCAUCAGAAUCAGCUUUAUUGGCCAAGUGUGUUUAAAAAAAAAAAAAACAUAAGGAAUUUUUCUCCGGCAGUCGGUGCCGCCAUGGUACGACAUUCAGAACAAAGAACAAGAGACAUGUCUGUUCAUAGGAACUAUUCCUUGUAAGUCGUGCAAGAUGUAAAAUCUUCUUCAUUUAGAACAGGUAAGAGAUAAGUGUGUUAACAUUUCACAUUGAUUCUGGAGCAAUUGUUGUUGUAAAUAUUACAAUUUUGAAUGUAUUGUAUCAAUUACAAUAUAUGUAUACCAAAAAAUAAAAUAAAGUAACUAUCAUA